AUGUCGUCAAAUUAUACCUUUGGCAAUACAAUAAUCGUGUACGGCUUCAUAGAGCCACUGAAUCAAAAGAACAAAGUUCACAGACAAGGGACCUUGAAUCAAUAUGUGUUAGUAAGAGUUGUCAAACACUUCUUGCCAGAAAUCACGGAUGAGAAUAAUCCCAGCUACUCGUUGGUGGCAAACCUUGUCUGGAAACGUUUCUAUAAUUAUCGUUCAAUUGUCCAGGCUUGGAAUGGGAUUGAACUAAGCUUCUACGAAGAAGUCAGGGAAAACAACUUGAAAGGUAAUUGGAUCAAAAAAGUUCAAUGUCAAAGCGAGACUUCAUUGGAGCCUGAUCUAGUGAUAUAUUAUAUUCCAAACAUCUUAAUCAUGUCAAGCACUCCACAUUUUUAUACUGAAUAUUUGACCACAUUGCAUUCGCUACUGUUACUGCAGGGAUUCAAAAAUCCCCUAAUUUUUGUUCCUCAGUUAAAAAAUGUGCAUAAAUGUGACCUAUCCGAUCACCUAUUCACAGUUGUACAAAAUUGGCAAGAAAUUACGACCAAGUAUGAACAAGCCAAGUGGAUAAUUGCAGGUGAUUCGGCUGGCGCAAGUCUUGCCCUCAGCUUUUUACUGUUCAGAACCGAUCCCGAUUAUAGUAUUUUCAAAAGAGACAAAGAGAGCAUUGAGGGAAAUGAGGAUAUUGAGCAGAAUUCUCAAGAAGUCAAUAAGCCGAUUUCUAAACCAUUCGGUGCUCUAUUAAUAUCCCCUUUAUUAAAAUACAAAGGAAUAUCGAAAAGGACAUCGGAAGAUACUUGUCCCGACUUCUUGACAACAGAUUUCAUUAACCGGAUCUCGCAACGUUACAUACCGUCACAUCUUCCAGAAUUAGGUAUCAUUCAUAGUCCUGGAUUUUGCAAUAAUCCGAACACUUGGGAAAGAAGCUUUCCUGAGAAAGGUGUCAUUUUGACUUGGGGAGCAGAAGAGCUUCUGCACGAUGAAAUCGAAGAUUUUGGUAAUACCUUGGCGAUGGCCGGUAGCACGAAGUUGUGGAAAAUGAAAGGCGGGAUUCAUUCAUGGCCUUUCGCUUUUUUCUUAACGGAGGACGCUCAAGACGAAAAAGAAGAUAGCUGUUUUGUUCUCGCAGGAAUUAUCUCGCGGAUGACAUUAUGGCACACGACGUAUUAUCUUGAUCCUGAAAAAUCCCAUGAGCCAAUGAAUUUGCUUACAAUCGAUGAUAAUCAUCUUUGA